GGAAAGUGAGAUAGCGCGCUGUAGCGCGCGGAGCUUGACGAAUACCUAACCUCUUAUCGCACGUGCGAACGGCCAUGUUCAGCCAUGUUGCGAUUCGCCCCUGUCGCCGCGCGUUCGUGAUCGCACGCGUCGCGACGCGGGUACGUCGCCCUGAGUUAGCAGCGUUCGACUGGUUCGCACGAGGUACAAGGAGAAAGGAAAAUCAACAUGUCGUUCGGCAGCGGCUUCGGGCCGUCCACGUCAACACCUGCACCCACGUUCGCCUUCGGCACCACGCCAGCGUCCACGGCGACAGCAGUUAAACCUGUGGCAGGAUUUGGAACGCCCUCGUUUGGAUUUAGUACGCCGACUACUUCAACGCCAAGUCUGUUCGGCACGCCGUCAACACAAACAACUGGAUUCGGUACUGGCACUGGAUUUGGUACGCCAACGGCCACUGGUUUUGGUAGCGCACCUAGCACUGGUGGUUUUGGUUCUGCGCCUACGUUUGGUACCGCAUCAACCAGCGCCUUCGGCUCGGCACCGGCCUUCGGUAGUACUCCCGCUUCCUCCACCGCAACUGGAUUUGGUACAACCUCGACAUUUGGCACUCCUGUUUGUACCACGUCCGGUUUUGUUGGUUUCGGGACACCGACGACGGCGACGUUAAGUUUCGGCGGUUUUGGCGGUUUUGGUACGACCACCACUACAUCUACCCCCAGCCUGUUUAGCGGAUUUGGCACUGGAAGCACCUCUUCAACUGGUUUUGGCACAACCACAGGUUUUGGUGCAUUCGGAACCAAACCGGUUACCACCAGUGCUACUGGAUUCGGUGGAUUUGGUACAGGGACAGGAUUCACUGGAUUUGGUACUGGAUUGACACAGCCUCAGCAGCAACAGCAACAACAACAACAACAGCAGCAGCAACCUACAAAUACUGCGUCAGAAGCUCUCUAUAAUGCUGUGUUUAAUUGUCAGUUGUAUAACGAUGAGCGAGAUAAUACCAUUGCGAGGUGGAAUCUUAUUCAAGCAUUAUGGGGUACAGGAAAGGCUUACUAUUCCAUAAAUGCUCCACCUAUAGAGCUCACUCAGGAAAAUUCGUUAUGUAGAUUUAAAGCCAUUGGAUACAGUCGCAUACCUGAUGCUGACAACAACGAUGGUUUAGUAGUAUUGUGUUUUAAUAAAAAAGAAAAGGAUGUACAGGAUGGAAAGCAACAGUUAAUAGUAUUUCUCAAUGGUUUGUUGGGAAAUAAACCUAAUCUGACAGUAACUGUUGACAAUAUCAAAUCAACGGGGGAGACCAAGAGUCAAGUGACAAUAUACGUAUCAGAAAAAGGAAUUACUGGUUCUUACAGAAAAAUUCCUGCUAACGAAUUAGUCGCGUAUCUGUCGCAAGUCAUGCAAAAGCAACAGUUAGUACAGAACGGAGUGGAAGACAUAUUUCCGUUGGUAAAGCUUGAUCCGUCCCAGUUAAAAGAGUACCUAGACAAUCCACCUUGUGCUAUUGAUGCCAGAUUGUGGAAGCAAGCGCAGUUGGACAAUCCCAAUCCGGAGCUGUAUAUUCCAGUUCCAACGAUCGGUUUUCAACAAGUUAAGCACAGACUGAAAUGUCAAGAAGAGGAAACUGCUAGACACAGAGCGUUUCUAGAUAUGGCGGCUGAAAAGAUACAAGGCUUACAAAGGCAGCACACAGCUACACAAGCCCGACUUAAAGAACAUAGACGUACAUUAUUGGAACUUCAACACAGGGUUCUACAGAUACUAGUACGACAGGAGAUUACACGAAAGGUUGGAUUAUCUUUACAACCGGAGGAAGAGGUUUUAACACGUAGAUUUGAAGCAAUGCAUUCGCAAAUCAGUGCUCCAACGCAGUAUAAAGGUAGAAUUAGUGAAAUGCUCUCUCAACUCAGAAUGAGACGGCAUAUUGAUAUUCAAAACCAAGAGAGGUAUACAAUGGAUCCUAUAGCACAGGAUGAUAUUAAAACGUAUCUAAGUAUGGAGCAGCAGGGCAUGGCGCAGCUUAUUUCGACAAUAAACGCCGAUUUAGAAAGUUUAAAAGUUAUUAAGGAUGGAAUGUCAGAGCUUUUAAUGAGCCAAAGUAUAUCUUGAGGAUUGUAAUAUAUAAUAAAAUUUUUUCAUACGUCUUCUAUACAAUUAAAA